UUGCAUUCUGAAAACAAAAUGGCGACAAUAGAUGUAAUAACAACAAUCAUAAGAAGAAAUAGGCCGGGAACCAAGGCUGCUGUAAGUUUUCGUAUUAUUUUUACUGUUUAAAAUAACUCAGAUGACUCUAUUUGCUUUGUUUCUUUUUUUUACCGAAGGGUUUUGAAUUGCGAGUAUACACAAUAUUAGAUACAUGAGACAUGUAGUGACACGAGUUCUUUUGAAAAAAAAAAAACUCUUUUUCAGUACUUCGGUGAAUGAUCAUUUAUUUUAGUAAGAUUUACAGGCUAAGUUGAGCAAACUACUUUCGUUCCUAAUUUGCAUAGCGUGGUUGCGUCGCUUACCUUUUCAUUUUGUCAAUGGUUUUUGCCAAGGAGCUGCGUAGAGCUUCAGUGGGCUACAUGUUCAGUAUAUAUCUGACCUAGCAUCUGCGUUUUAAUCCCAGGACAUGUAUGGCUGGCCUGAUGAACCAUUUGAAGAGAUGGAUAGUACGUUAGCAGUCCAGCAGGUACUGAAACAUGGAAAGAUGAGAAGCUGGAUAUCCCUAUUCUUUGAACCAUAACUUUUGUAAUAUAUAACAUUUUAUAAAAUAUUUUAUCAGAAAAGAGGCAAACCAUGGAUGAAUUGUGGAGGCAGUGUGGCCAAUUAAUUAGGGAGCCAAACUUGUUAUCUGAUGACAUUUUAGUCCUCCACAUUGAUACCCAUAAGCUGGCCUCUUGUAUUUAAGUGACCUGUGUUUCUUUCCUGUGUGGACCACAAUGAAAACUACUAAGUCAUUAGUAAUUUUUUCACCUCUUCCCCCCUAAAAUCAGUAUUGUAUUCAUCAUAUUGGGAGUGGGGAAAAUUCAAAAUACCCAUACAAAGAAAAGAUGCCUAUAGGAAUAACUCCUGUAAAACAGAACUGAAAGAAAUACUCUGGUACACCAAGAAAAAGAAUCCUAAUACACUAUGGCAAAAAAGCCGUCCCUUCCUUCCUUAUCCUGCUAUAAGGGAAUAUAAGGGAAACAGGCAUUUUUUUUACCCUUUACACCCUAACAUUAAUGUGCAUGUUCUCCAUAGUGUUUUCUAUACCCUUCCUAAUCAGUUGACAAGGAGAAUUUGUUUAACCAUCAAGAGCUUCUUUAGUUGUCUUGAUAAUUUCCUUUAUUCUUGUGACCUUAAUAGGUGAUUCAGGGAUGAUACUGUAAAGAGAAAUUAGAUGCUGGUCACUCUUAGGGUCAAGGGUUAAGUUGUUGAGAGGAUUAUGUUUAACUAUCCUUUUAUUACUGUGCUUAGUAUAUUCAGCAACAGAUCCGAGCAGAUUACACAAAUAUAGAAGCAAUUCUAGAGUCCCCUGAGGGACAAGAUGAAGGAGUGUGGAAAUAUGAACAUCUGAGGCAGUUUUGUAUGGAACUCAAUGGAUUGGCUGUCAGACUUCAGGUAACUUCAGCACUGGAGAAUUAAAUUCUCCUCAAAUGAUGAGUACAAUAUCAGGCCCAUGAAUUAUGAGAGUCAAAGAGAAAGUAUCAAUGCUAAAAAGCUUUCUAAAUUUGUAAAAAUAAAUUGAAAUUCCCUAUACCAUUUUAAUACAAAAUGUUAAUAAAGACCAGACAAGUUAAGAUCAUUUGUUUGUCAAUGGUUUACUUGACAUAGCCAUAAUGAACUGUUCAAAUGGACCAGGAGACAAUUAUCACCCAAACAGUAAAAGAGCUUAAAAAAAAAAAGAUGUUUUCAAGCAAAUCUGCAAAGCAAAAUGUUUGCUGACCUUUUUCACUGACUGUUGUUUACUUUAGUCCGACUGUACUCCUUCAACCUGCACACAAAUGACCGCCACAGAGCAGUGGAUAUUCUUAUGUGCUGCACACAAAACCCCCAGAGAGGUGAGACAUUCUCAAAAGCUAUUGAGGUUGUUGCUACUUUUUUUGUGAUUGGUUCUCUUGAUUUCCUGAGGAAACUGGAAUAGUCGGAUCAGAACAUCCACAUUGCUACAAAAGAUCCUGAUAAUGUAAUCAUUCAUUGAUUCAUGGAUUGACAGACUAACUGAUUGAUUGAUUGAUUGAUUGGAAAAUUGACUGACAGAUUGAUUGAUUGACUGAUUGACUCACUGACAGAUUGAAUAACUGAUGCAUUGAUUGAUUGACUCACUCACUGACUCACUUAAUGAUUGCUUGAUUGAUUUUAUUUGUUGAUUUAAAACUGCGUUCUCCUCAACAGUGUCCAGCUAUUGAUUACACACGGCAUACUCUGGAUGGUGCAGCAUCUUUGCUGAACAGCAACAAGUACUUUCCAAGCAGGUAUUGUCAUUUUUUUCUCCCUUUUAAUUAUCAUGCUCGUACACCAGUGGAACAAGAGAGAGCUCUUCAAUCUGUUUUUGCACAGAUGAAGUCUCAUUUUUGGAGCUCUGUUUCUCUUACAUUCAGCAUCUGCCAAGCUGACAACUGUAAGCAAGCUAGUCAGGAAGCUACUCUUCAUUUUUCUCUCAUGGCAUGUUUCGCUGUUAUUUUUUCUUUUUUAUUCUCCCAUCACAAAUGUACAAAGAGUUCUAUUUACUGAUUUGUUGUGCUGUUGAUUGGGAGGUACUGUGGCCUAAUGGAUUCAAGAUGGGACCCUUAGUUCAGAGGUGUGGGUUCAGGUUCAAGUUCAGGGUUGGUCUUUGUGCUGUGUUCUUGGGCAAGAUACUUUACUUUGAUAGUACCUACUUCUAUCUAGGAGUAAAUAUGAGUACUGGUGACAUGUCAGUGAAAUUUGAUGAGAUGCUUAAGUGGGGAAGGGGAUAGCAGUCCAUCCUGAAGCAGACAUUACCUCCUGUUGCCCACAAUGAAGCAGCAUCCCAUCCCAUUUUCUCUUUCCAGAGUGAGCAUCAAGGAAUCUUCUGUGGCUAAACUGGGAUCAGUUUGUCGUCGUGUCUACCGAAUAUUUUCACAUGCUUACUUUCACCAUAGGAGUAUUUACGAUGAGUUUGAGGUAAUUUGAGUCUGUUAGUAUUCCUAAGUAUACUUUACAUUUCUAAUUUUUGCAGCACUCAAGUUCGCAAAAAAAUAAAUACACCAAAUUGAAGGGGAAUUAUAUACAUAUUUUAUGAAAUUCCCAGAUCUGUUUCUUAUAGUAAUUUUUCUCAGCCAUAUUCAGUAAGACAUUUAUCUUUAAAAUAUUGCAAAGAUCCUUCAGAAAGAAAAGAAACAAGUGUUUCUAUGAAGGGAGAUCAACCUUUUUGUAAUCAGUGAUCUCCAGGUUUGUAAGUGGCUUUAUGUCCAAAUGUUAUUCAAAAAAGAUAGUCACCCUGGUCCAGGUUUUCAGUCAGUAAAAUGACAUGCAAUAAUCAAUGGUGUUUCAGAGUAGUGGUAAAGCAGAAAUGUGGUUCCCAACCCAAACAUCCCACAUUUUCACUGCAAUCAUGCCAUUUACAAUUGUAUUUUCCUACAUUUGGGUAACUAUGCCUGGACCAGUCUACUGAUUGAGGAUCAUUCAAUAUAUGCAAGUUUUCUAAGUUUCUUUGUUUUUUAUCUGCAGAAUGAGACUCUCUUAUGCAAAAGGUUUACAACUUAUGUUCUAAAGUAUGAUUUGAUGGCAAAAGAGAACCUUAUUGUACCUAUGGAUGAGACACAGUCACCCCCACCCCCACCCCCACCCCCACACCCACUUCCAGAUGAUUCCACAGAUGAAACUGCAAUGGACAGCGAAGCGUGA